GCGAAUCCAGGAACGAGAUAAGCAGCGGCUUGAUCGAGUGCAACCAGAAGAAGAAAUUCAGUGGCCAAAAAAAAAUCAGGAAGAUGAAAAGCAAAAAAGGGAAGAAAUAACUAAGAAAAAGGAAAGUGAGGAUAAGGGGAAACAGGAAAUGCAAGAGAAACUGAGUAAGCUUUUCCAGCCAAAUCAAGAGCAAAUCAAGCCAGCUGUCCAGGCUCCUUGGUCAAAUGCAGAAAAAGCUCCUGUAACCAUUUCUGCUCAGGAGGAUGUAAAAAUAGUGUAUUACAGAGCACUGUAUCCUUUUGAAUCAAGAAGCCAUGAUGAAAUCACUAUUCAGCCUGGCGACAUAGUCAUGGUUAAAAGGGAAUGGGUGGAUGAAAGCCAGACUGGAGAACCAGGGUGGCUUGGUGGAGAACUGAAAGGGAAAACUGGAUGGUUCCCUGCAAACUAUGCAGAAAAAAUACCUGAGAAUGAAGUUCCAGCUUCUGUAAAGCCAGCAGCUGAGACACCCGCUGCACCUAAAGUUUCUGUGCAUGAAACCACUACAACACUAGGAACUCCUGCUUCUACAGAAUGUACUACGACUGCUAAUAACUGGGCAGACUUCAGUUCAACAUGGCCAACAAACACUAGUGAGAAACCAGAGACUGAUAACUGGGAUGCCUGGGCAGCUCAACCAUCUUUGACUGUUCCCAGUGCAGGGCAGCUACGGCAGCGAUCGGCUUUCACUCCGGCCACUGUUACAGGGUCAUCUCCCUCUCCUGUCUUGGGUCAGGGUGAAAAAGUGGAGGGGCUUCAAGCACAGGCUUUGUAUCCUUGGAGAGCAAAAAAAGACAACCAUCUUAACUUCAACAAAAAUGAUGUCAUCACAGUUUUGGAACAACAAGAUAUGUGGUGGUUUGGAGAGGUUCAAGGACAAAAGGGGUGGUUUCCUAAAUCAUAUGUGAAGCUUAUUUCAGGCCCCAUUAGGAAGUCAACAAGCAUGGAUUCUGGUUCCUCAGAAAGUCCUGCUAGUCUGAAAAGAGUAGCAUCACCAGCAACAAAAGCAACUAUGUCAGGUGAAGAGUACAUUGCUAUGUAUACUUAUGAGAGUUCUGAACAAGGAGACCUAACUUUUCAACAAGGUGAUAUGAUUCUUGUGACAAAGAAAGAUGGCGACUGGUGGACAGGAACACUGGGUGAUAAAUCAGGAGUUUUCCCAUCUAAUUAUGUGAGACUCAAAGAUUCCGAGGCUUCUGGAGCAGCUGGAAAAACAGGAAGUUUAGGGAAGAAACCUGAAAUUGCCCAAGUUAUUGCCUCUUACACAGCAACGGGUCCAGAACAGCUUACUCUUGCUCCUGGUCAGUUGAUUCUUAUCAGAAAGAAGAAUCCAGGUGGCUGGUGGGAAGGAGAGCUCCAAGCACGAGGGAAGAAACGGCAGAUCGGAUGGUUCCCUGCUAAUUAUGUGAAACUUCUGAGCCCUGGUACCAGUAAAACUACACCAACUGAGCUACCUAAAUCAACAGCAUUACCUUCAGUGUGCCAAGUGAUUGGCAUGUAUGACUACACUGCACAGAAUGACGAUGAGCUAGCGUUCAAUAAAGGCCAGAUUAUAAACGUCCUUAACAAGGAAGACCCAGACUGGUGGAAAGGGGAGGUGAAUGGACAAGUGGGUCUCUUUCCAUCCAACUAUGUUAAGCUGACAACAGACAUGGACCCAAGCCAGCAAUGGUGUGCAGACUUGCAUCUCCUGGAUAUGUUGACACCUACUGAAAGAAAAAGGCAGGGAUACAUCCAUGAGCUCAUUGUCACGGAAGAGAACUAUGUAAAUGAUCUGCAGUUGGUCACAGAGAUCUUCCAGAAACCACUAAUGGAAUCUGAGCUGCUAACAGAAAAAGAAGUUGCUAUGAUUUUUGUUAAUUGGAAGGAGCUGAUUAUGUGCAAUAUAAAACUACUGAAGGCUUUGCGUGUGCGUAAGAAGAUGUCUGGAGAGAAGAUGCCAGUGAAAAUGAUUGGUGACAUACUGACAGCUCAGCUGCCACAUAUGCAGCCCUACAUUCGGUUCUGUAGCUGCCAGCUCAAUGGGGCAGCACUCAUCCAGCAGAAGACAGAUGAAGUCCCUGAGUUCAAGGAGUUUGUUAAAAGGUUAGCAAUGGAUCCUCGCUGUAAAGGAAUGCCACUAUCAAGUUUUCUACUAAAGCCUAUGCAACGGGUAACAAGAUACCCACUAAUAAUUAAAAAUAUAAUAGAAAACACUCCUGAAAACCACCCUGACCACAGUCACUUGAAGCAUGCUCUUGAGAAAGCAGAAGAAUUGUGUUCUCAAGUAAAUGAAGGCGUGCGGGAGAAGGAGAAUUCGGACAGGCUGGAGUGGAUCCAGGCUCAUGUCCAGUGUGAAGGCCUGUCGGAGCAACUCGUAUUUAAUUCUGUUACAAACUGCCUGGGACCACGCAAGUUUCUGCACAGUGGGAAACUCUAUAAAGCCAAGAGUAACAAGGAACUGUAUGGCUUUCUCUUCAACGACUUCCUCCUCCUGACUCAGAUCAUAAAACCUCUUGGCUCUUCUGGCACAGACAAGGUCUUCAGCCCCAAGUCUAAUCUGCAAUACAAAAUGUACAAAACUCCCAUUUUUUUAAAUGAGGUACUAGUAAAAUUACCCACGGACCCUUCUGGAGAUGAGCCCAUUUUCCAUAUCUCCCACAUUGAUAGAGUCUAUACACUCCGGGCUGAAAGCAUUAAUGAAAGGACUGCCUGGGUUCAGAAGAUCAAAGCUGCUUCAGAACUUUACAUAGAGACUGAAAAGAAGAAGAGAGAAAAGGCCUACUUAGUUCGCUCACAAAGAGCAACAGGGAUUGGGAGGUUGAUGGUGAAUAUUGUUGAAGGCAUUGAACUAAAACCUUGCAGGUCCCAUGGCAAGAGUAACCCAUACUGCGAAGUGACGAUGGGCUCCCAGUGCCACAUUACCAAGACGAUACAGGACACCCUCAACCCAAAGUGGAACUCCAACUGCCAGUUCUUUAUCAAAGACCUUGAGCAGGACGUGCUCUGCAUUACGGUUUUUGAGAGGGACCAGUUCUCACCAGAUGACUUUUUGGGCAGAACAGAGAUCCGUGUGGCAGACAUUAAGAAGGAUCAGGGUUCAAAGGGACCAGUUACAAAGUGUCUCCUUCUGCAUGAAGUUCCAACAGGAGAGAUAGUCGUCCGACUAGACCUGCAAUUGUUUGAUGAGCCUUAAAAGGAAAGGGACCAAUGUUUUAUUUCAGUUGAGUUCAUCUGAGUUCACUGCAAUAGGUGUCUUCAGAAGCUGUCACAAAAUUCUUACUGGGGUGGUAUGAAACUACUGCUUGCCCUUCACACGCAAGAGGGUUAUCAAAGCAAACAGGAGCAACUUUGUGCCUUGAUAAUUCUCACUGAAAAAUGAAUCCAAAUUUGGUGAGGAGAUCUCGCUCGAUUUCUGUAUGUGAAACUUGACAUUAGUUUCCUGGGUUUAUGAAAUAACCUCGUUGGUCGCUGUGCUCCAGUCUGAGAGGCUGGCAAACCACUUAGGUUGCUGUGCUUGUGCCAGUUACCCUACUGUUUAAUUUACAUGAAGAAGGCAAUGUUGGUAUGUUUUGGAGGCUUUCUGCAGAGUUUUCCCCCUUGAGGAAUUCUGUGCCUAUUGCUCAGCAAAACGGUGUGUAAAUGUAAUGUGAACAGGAGCAGUUACACAGUAAGAGGAUCUUUGAAGAUCUUUGUGAUGGUACUGAAAAGACUUAGAAGAUAAAUAGUCUAUAUCUAUA